AUGACAUCUUCUCCGGUGGAGCUGCGCGAUAACGGUGACGCCGCGAUGGUCGUCGUCACCGGUGAAUCUCAGAGAUCUGUCCCGACGCCGUUUCUCACCAAGACUUAUAACCUCGUAGAAGAUCCUUCCAUCGACGACGUUAUCUCCUGGAACGAAGAUGGCUCCUCUUUCGUCGUCUGGAAUCCGACUGAUUUCGCAAAGGAUUUGCUUCCUAAACAUUUCAAACACAACAACUUCUCCAGCUUCGUUCGCCAGCUCAACACUUACGGAUUCAAAAAAGUCGUGCCGGAUCGGUGGGAGUUUUCGAACGAUUUCUUCAGGAGAGGAGAGAGACGUCUUCUCCGCGAGAUCCAGCGCCGGAAAUUAACGACUCAAUCAGCUCCUCCGCCGCCGGAGAUUGUGGCGGCUCAGAGAAUCCAGACGGUUGUGUCUCCGUCGAAUUCAGGGGGAGAUCAGGCGGUGUCGCCGUCGUCGUGGAAUUGUCAAACCGGAAACGGUGGUUUAUCGGUUGAGCUUCUGGAGGAGAACGAGAAGCUUCGGAGUCAGAACAUCCAGCUUAACCGUGAGCUCACUCAGAUGAAAUCUCUAUGCGAUAACAUAUUCGGCCUCAUGUCGAACUACGCCGGAUCUCUUCCCGAUCGGAGCUAUUCUUCGGGAGGGAGUAGCAGUCACGACGCGAUGAAACCGGUGGAGUUUUUACCGGCGAAGCGGUUUUCAGGUGAGACGAUUGCGGAGGAGGGAGAAGCGAGCACGAGGCUGUUCGGUGUUCCGAUAGCCCUUAAACGGACGAGAAGCGAAGGGGUUCAGGUGAAGACGGGAGAGACAUCCGGUGGCGGAGGAGGCGGUGGAGGAGGAGAGAAGGAGGAGACGCCGUGGCUGAGACACUAUAAUCGGGCUAAUCAGAGAGUCUGUAAUUAA